GCAUGAGCCAAAGCGCGAGCGAGCGCCUGAGUGAGUUCCCGAGCCGCGCUUCGUGCGCAGUCGACGCCCGCACGUUUCGGGGGCGCUCUCCGGGCGGAACUGCGGCCGAGGCCGCUUGUACGAAGCGCGAGGAACCCGUAGCCUGUAUAAGGGCCCGGCCUGGCCUGGGAAAGUCUUGAGUCUGAGGCUAUCAUUUGGAAGCAAUGAGUUUAAAACCCUUCACCUACCCGUUUCCAGAGACGAGGUUUCUUCACGCAGGACCCAAUGUGUAUAAAUUCAAAAUUAGAUAUGGCAACAGUAUCAGAGGGGAAGAGAUAGAAGAUAAGGAAGUCAUCCUCAAGGAGCUGGAGGAUUCUAUUCGUGUGGUCUUGGGAAACUUGGACAAUCUGCAGCCAUUUGCUACAGAACACUUCAUUGUAUUUCCCUAUAAAAGCAAAUGGGAAAGAGUGUCCCACCUGAAAUUCAAAUAUGGGGAAAUCGUCUUGGCCCCCUAUCCAUUUGUUUUUACUCUGUAUGUGGAGAUGAAAUGGUUUCAUGAAAACCCGUCACCUGGGAAACCAAUAAAUGACAGUCCUCUUGGAUUGGUGCCGGCGGAGACGAAAGCAGCAGGAGCCAUGAUGAGGAAACGAGCGCGAGUGGAAGUACCCAGCCCCCUGCACGGGCCAGAGCUGGACAGGGCCAAGAUGGGGAUUUCCAGCCAAGGCCCCAGCAAAAAGAGGCCCCUUAUGGAAACCAGGAGGAACAUGGAAAGAAAAACCAAGCAGAAAUGUCAGGAGAGCCCAACGUUUGAUAUCACUGAUGUCCAGGAACAGGAUUCUAAGCUGGGGGACAGCCUAGUGGGACAGAUCAUCCCCCCAUUGCAGCAAGACAAUCCAUCUCCACCGGAAAGACCCGCAGAGCUGGCAACCAAUGGCUUCUUUGGGUUUCUAAGCUCUCUCUUCCCCUUUCGUUAUUUCUUCGGAAAGAGCAGCUGGUGAGUCUUCCAGAUGCAGCAGUGGGAAGAGCGUCCUCUCGCAAUGACUCUUCCCGUUCCACCCUCCAUGCAUGACAUUUCAGUCAAGGGGAACGUGGGCCCUAAACUCUCUGAGUCCUCUUGUGGGUUUGUCCUAUCCUUUGCCUCUUUACAGUGGAUUUUUUUUUUUCAAUUUAAAACACUAAGAAAAGAACUUCCUAAAAUGUUCUAGUCUGAGAAUUGUACGCUCUGAGGGCCAGUUUAGGUCUUUCGUCUCCAGCACUUAGGAUCCUAAUGAAAAUAAAUUAUUUAC